AUGGGAAAAAUCGAUGAGAAAGAAGCACAAUGGGAAACUCGCUCGCGAUACACCGUCGACGGGCCCACUCGCUCGCGAUACACCGUCGACAAACCCACUCGCUCGCGAUACACCGUCGACAAACCCACUCGCUCGCGAUACACCGUCGACGAGCCCACUCGCUCGCGAUACACCAUCGACAAACCCACUCGCACGCAAUACACCGUCGACUGGCCCACUCGCACGCAAUACACCGUCGACUGGCCCACUCGCUCGCGAUACACCGUCGACAAACCCACUCGCUCGCGAUACACCGUCGACAAACCCACUCGCUCGCGAUACACCGUCGACGGACCCACUCGCUCGCGAUACACCGUCGACGGGCCCACUCGCUCGCGAUACACCGUCGACAAACCCACUCGCUCGCGAUACACCGUCGACGGACCCACUCGCUCGCGAUACACCGUCGACGGACCCCUUGUGCUUUGUUUAAAAUAA